UGUACCUCGUCUCACUGUACCUCGUCAUGCUGUACCUCGUCAUGCUGUACCUCGUCAUGCUGUACCUCGUCAUGCUGUACCUCAACAUGCUGUACCUCGUCAUGCUGUACCUCGUCAUGCUGUACCUCGUCAUGCUGUACCUCAACAUGCUGUACCUCGUCUCACUGUUCCAAGUCUCGCUGUACCUCGUCAUGCUGUACCUCGUCUCACUGUACCUCGUCAUGCUGUACCUCGUCAUGCUGUACCUCAACAUGCUGUACCUCGUCAUGCUGUACCUCGUCAUGCUGUACCUCGUCAUGCUGUACCUCAACAUGCUGUACCUCGUCUCACUGUUCCAAGUCUCGCUGUACCUCGUCA